GAUAAAUAGAAAAUUUCCAGGGUUUGGUGCCGCUAGACUGCUGAGCUUGAAAACCUUAGCAAAGUCCGAGGAAAUUGACCGAAUAGCUUGUCGACGUCGUCGUCUUCUUCUUCUUCUUCUUCACUGUAAGUAACUCUGGUUUUUGUUGAUUUACAUUGAAUUGGUUGUUGUGUUGUUUGUUUGAUUGAUUUCGUUGCUGGAAUUAUGUAAACAAGAGUAUGUUGAGUUACAAGUUUGAUGGGAAGUAAUUCCAGAUCUGUUUUCGGUUUUAGGAUUUUGAAUUCUGACAAUUUACUUUGCUUGAAUAAAGUGUUUAGCUUCUUAGAUGUAACCGUUCGGACUUCGAAUUUGGUUUUGGCUUUGCUUUGCUAUCUGGGGUGGACUUAAAAAUUUGGGAAAAAGCAUACGUUAUUACUGCUGGAAGAUUUUUUAGGUUAGUAUCUAUCUGAUUAUGUUUCUUUGUUUAUCUGCUUGUGUAUUGGCUUAGAACAUAAUUACUUGAGGCCAUGACAAUGAUCCUCUGUUUCUGAUUGAAUCUGUAUUAAUUUAUCCUGCUCUGGCAGAAUUAAUUCGUAGUGCUCAAAUAUGUUAUUGUAAUCUGGGUUCUAAAAAUUCCACCCUUUUCUUCUAGCUAGAGGAUUUGUUUUCCUUGAUUAUAUCCCCCUCUUCCCUGCGCAGAGAAGCACUUGAAUCAUGUCUGACGAGGUUGAGUACCGCUGCUUCAUUGGAAAUCUUUCCUGGUCGACUUCUGACCGAGGUCUAAAAGAGGCAUUUGAGAAGUUUGGCCAUCUUGUUGAUGCAAAGGUUGUUGUGGAUAAGUUUUCUGGACGUUCCCGUGGGUUCGGAUUUGUAACAUUUGAUGAAAAGGCAGCAAUGGAAGAUGCCAUUGAGGCAAUGAAUGGGAUGGAUUUGGAUGGCCGAUCCAUCACUGUUGACAAAGCGCAACCUAACCAAGGUGGAGACCGUGACAGUGAUCGGCCGCGUGAUCGUGAUCGUGGCCGUGAUAGAGAUCGUCGUGAUUAUGGUGGUGGUGGCGGUGGUGGUCGUGGAUCUGGUGGUGGAGGGGGAGAAUGCUUCAAGUGUGGUAAACCGGGGCAUUUUGCUAGGGAAUGUCCUGAAGAUGGUGGUAGGGGUGGUAGUAGAUAUGGUGGUAGGGAUGACAGAUAUGGCGGCAGUGGUGGCGGUGGAGGAGGCGGCGGCAGAGGUGGUGGCCGCUAUGGACCUGAAAGGAAUGGCGAUCGUUUUGGUAGCCGUAGUAGAGAUGGCGGUGGUGGGGGAGGUGACCGUUACAGUCGUGAUCGUUCUGGGCCCUAUGAUCGUCGGAGUGGUGGCAGCUUUCGUUAAGUGCACACCUGAACGCCGCGGCUGGGUAUCAUGCUGAAGAAUGGAACUGGUGCUACUUCUUGGAAGCAAAUGGCUUGAAGUUCUUUUGCAAAGGAUAUUUUCUUCUAAGUGUGCUGGCAAAGUGGAUCGACCUUUAGAAUUCAUGAACUUGGCUCUAAUAAUCUACUGUUUUGUGUCCUUGAAUGUUCGACUUUGGUUCGAAGGGUUUUCUAUCAGUUUUAUUAUUGCUGCUGGUUGUCUGCUUUGUUGCAUUGGCCAUUCACUAUCCUUAUUUGCUACGGGGUUCAUAAUGAUGUUUUACACGGGCAAUAGCACGUUGCAAGUAUUGCAUUGUAUGUGUGGUUUGACGACUUGUGGUGUGAGGCCUUAAAUUCGGUGUUAGGGAAACUUGGGCCAGACCUUCAGGGUUUCCUGUUUCUUGAGGUGUAGAUGCUCCGUGAGAAGCUGUUUGUUCUAUGUUCUGGGUUAGAAAGAUUUUAACAAAAAAGGAAGUUACUCGGGUAAUGUCUGUUUUUCUUCAAAUAUGUUGUCAAGCUUGCAUGACACUGAAACUCUCUGCUCUUUCAGUCUUUUGGUUAUUAAUAUCUUUAACCCUUUUGGCAGGCUACUUGGCUGAUAUUGGCUCUCUUUGCUAAUUGGAUAGUUUUUUAGUUAAUAAAAUUGAGAAAGCUUUUUGGAUGCUACAACUUCUGGAAAUCACCUUGUUAGUUAUACUUAGCAUCUGGGAGAAUUGGUGAAGGGAGAGUCAUGUCCAAUUUAAACUUGCCGAGUUCAGCAACUUGUGUCCUCUAUUUUGUUGUGGUCCUUCCUGUCUUUGAUUCGGUCCGAUCUCUUUGGGACAACAUCCUUCUGAUCAUCUCUUUGGAACAAGAUCCUUCUGAUCAGUUCUUGAACCGUCCUGGUUAUAGUUGCUGAGAUCCAAACUAGUGAUAAAUGUCUGUUCGAAAUUGCAGUGUUGCUCCUAGUUCAGCUCAUGCUCUUCCAGAUACCACUCGAGGAUGGAUCCAUGUUUCUAAAAUUUCUUCAAGUUAGUGUGCUCACUUCUUGGCCAGAAAUGAGGAUUUGGGUUCUUGGGAUAUUUGCCUGUUCAAACUUUUUGUUUGUUUGUUUUUUUUAAAAAAAAAAAACUUGCAUGUUAUUUUAUGUUUUUCACAGAUUAUGUCCCUAGUUUUUAUUUUGUUUUCCUGUUGUCUUGUGAAGUGAUUUCUUCUCCCUACAAGGAAGCGGAAGGAUGCAUUCGUUUUUCUGUGAUUUUGUUCUGGUAUUUCUUUUCCUUUUUCUUUGUUUUUUGGUUUAAGUUUGUGGUUAUUGUCUGAGAUUUUGUUCUGACAAUGUUCUUGGUUCAGUCUCGUUGUCUUGAUGGCUGUUUUCCCUUUCUUGCAUAUUAUUAUCCCGUUUCAGUCUCGUGAUACCAACCUGCUUUUGCCAAAUUGUUAGUUUUAGGAAUACAAAUAUAUUCAAAACUAGAAUGAUCUACUAACCCCAAGAAAAAGAAAAAAAAAAAUUACCACCAAAAAAUUAUUGUUUGUUUUGAAUUUUUAUUUUUAGUUCGAAUGGUAUGAAACAUGAAAUCUCAAAUUAGAUAAUAAUUUUGGCACAUCAAUACAAACUUUCCCAAGCAGAAUUAGCCUUUUGUAAAUCAGCUGCUGGACUCUGUUGAACUGAAUGAAAUGUAUUAAUUAUGCUACACGGAUCAACCCCUAGUUCUGGACGACUGACCAACCCAAAUAUGAUGCGCGGAUGGAGGUAACUCAUUCCAUUUAAUUUACCCAAAUCAGAUGUGCGGACGAGGGAACCCAUUCCAUUAAAUUUCGGAGAGCCAUUUUGUGAUAGUCACAGUGAUUUUUGAGGUUUGCAACAAUUCUACAAAUAUACUGUUAACUCAUUGUUAGCAGAGACUGAGAUUUAUGUUCUGUAUAUUGCAAAAUGAUCAUUUUUUUGUUGCGAAUGAAAAAGAAUAAAAAUUAGAUAAUUAUUUUGCGAGAAAGAGCAAAAAGAGAAAAACAAAUAAAAAGAAAAAGCUUAAUUUGAGCAAAGUAUCACACGUUAACAUUUAAAAGGUGAUGCAAUAUUUGGCCUCUCCAUAAGAAAGAUAAAAACGAACUCAAAGUCUCUUUGUUCUUAGUUUAAGCCUCUCCAAAUAGUAGCUGAUCCUUUUUUUCUGAUUUGUUUUUCCAAGUAUUCUUCGUAUCUGAUUUAUAAGACACGAAUUAAAAUUAAAUCUAGUUUAAAUUGGUGCAGAAUGGACGGAAUCCGGAUUGAGAAAGUGAAAGAAUCAACCAAAUCCACCAAAAAAAUCGAAAGAUGAUCACUAGACCUUCCUAGUUUUUGUAGUUGAAAACUUGGUGCCAUCUUUUGUAACUAUAUAUACUUUCAUUGUGAUAUUAGUAAAAUUUUUCAGUUUAACAGCAUCGCUUUCUGUCUUUUAUCUUCGGUUUUAUGCUUUUGUUGAU